AUGCUGAACCGAUUGAAUCUCCUCACACGACAGCUUGCCCGCCCGUUCGGUUCCGUCCGCGCAGCUUCUCCAACUCUGCCGACUUCGUCCCUGGCCCGCCGAUCUGGUCCGUUCGCAAUGACAUCAGCUUCCAACGCAAGCACCAUCCACACGGCUGCGUGUCUGAUCAUCGGUGAUGAAGUGCUCGGUGGAAAGACAGUCGACACCAACUCGACCUAUUUGGCCAAAUUCUGCUUCGGCCUUGGCAUCCAGCUCAAGCGCAUCGAGGUGAUUCCGGAUGAUGAGGAGGACAUCAUGGAGGCCGUGCGCCGCAUGAGCUCCAAAUACGAUUUCGUGGUCACAAGUGGUGGCAUUGGUCCAACCCAUGACGACAUCACCUAUCAAUCCAUUGCCAAGGCCUUUGGGCUCUCACUACAGCUGCACGAACCCGCAUUCGAGCGUAUGAAGCGACUCUCUCGCCCACAUCCCAAACAACCCAACUUCGACUGGGAAACUCCUUCCCCGGGGCUGACCGCCAAGUUGCGCAUGGUCGAACUUCCUUACGAUCCCAACCUGCCGGCCGAGUCGCAAGCGCUCUUUGUGGCUGAUGAUCUAUGGGUUCCAAUCGCUGUGGUCAAUGGCAACGUACACAUCUUGCCGGGAGUGCCCCGUUUGUUCGAGCGACUACUGCUCAAUCUGAAGCCGCACCUGAUUCCCCGUCUCACCGAUCCCGAGGGCAAGGGAACUUUCCGAUUCUUGUUUAGCACGCCAUUGCCGGAGAGCGCAGUCGCGCCCUUCUUGACGGAAUUGGCGGCCAAGGUGGAGCCUCAUGGCAUCAAAGUUGGCAGCUACCCUCGCUGGGGGAAGAAGCGCAACACGGUGACCCUGGUCGGGGCCGAUAAGGAGUACAUGGACUCGCUGGUCGCGGAGGUUGAAGCUGGCGUGGAGGGUAAACUGGUCGAAAAGGAAGACGAAUUGGAUCCGCCCUCAGAUACGGAACAUGUGUACAGUCAAUAG